AUGGUUGCUAGGGCCGAGCCGUGGGGUGCCGUGAGAGGCUCGCAGAGAGACUUGGCGGUUGCUAAGCCGGGAGGUCACAGAGCGCGGCUCAGGGAUUGGGCAGCGACAGGAGAGCGGGGUGGUGAUUGGGCGGCGCCCAGAAGGCUCCCGGGUGAGGCGCGGGCGCGCGAGCGGGAGUUCCGGCGGAGGCCCGUGCUGAGGGCUGGCGCCUUCACCAUGGCCUCGGCUGAGCUGGACUACACCAUCGAGAUCCCGGAUCAGCCCUGCUGGAGCCAGGAGAACAGCCCCAACCAAGGCGGGAAGGAGGCGGGGACGCGACAGCCUUUGGUGAUUCUCUUGGGCUGGGGUGGCUGUACGGACAAGAACCUUGCCAAGUACAGCGCCAUCUACCACAAAAGGGGCUGCAUCGUGAUCAGAUACACAGCCCCGUGGCACAUGGUCUUCUUCUCCGAGUCCCUGGGCAUCCCUUCACUUCGUGUUUUGGCCCAGAAGCUGCUUGAGCUCCUCUUUGAUUACGAGGUGGAGAAGGAGCCCCUGCUCUUCCAUGUCUUCAGCAAUGCCGGCGUCAUGCUCUACCGAUACGUGCUGGAGCUCCUGCAGACCCAUCGGCGCUUCUGCCACCUGCGUGUGGUGGGCACCAUCUUUGACAGCGGCCCCGGUGACAGCAACGUGCUGGGGGCUCUGCGGGCCCUGGCGGCCGUCCUGGAGCACCGGCCUGCUGUGCUGCGCCUGCUGCUCCUGGCGGCCUUCGCCCUGGUGGCAGUCCUGUUCCAUGUCCUGCUCGCCCCCCUCACGGCCCUCUUCCAUACCCACUUCUAUGACAGGCUACUUGAUGCGGCCUCUCGCUGGCCUGAGCUCUACCUCUACUCCAGGGCUGACGAGGUGGUCCUGGCCAGGGACGUGGAACGCAUGGUGGAGGCACGCCUGGCGCACCAGGUCCUCGUGCGCUCCGUGGACUUUGUGUCAUCUGCGCAUGUCAGCCACCUCCGUGAUUACCCUACUUACUACACCAGCCUCUGCGUCGACUUCAUGCGCAGCUGUGUCCACUGCUGAGCUCCUUGCCCCCCUCACCCAACUCCUCUCUGCUUUAGAAAUAAACGCCCCACACCUCCCCACAACCUCUGUCCGUGGGCGGCGGGGUCCUCUCCUGCUUCAGCUCCGUGACAGCCCUUUGGGACUCUGUGGUCCCACGAGGAGAGAACUCUCACUGAAUUCCAGUAGCCUCUGCCCCGGGAAUGGUUUCUCCCAGGAUCCUAGGGGUGGGAGUGCCCAGACAGGUUUCCACGGGAAUCUUGCCCUGGCCGUGUUUGGACAGGCAUGGGUCAGGCUGCGGUCGCCUGGAGCUCUUAGGCCGGGUAGGGCUCACAGAGUGGGGAAGGUUGGGCUGUUGAGGAGCCCCAGCGUUGAUCUUUAACUUCUUGAAAGGCAGGUGAGCUUUGAGUAGUGGUGCCAGAGGACAGGGUCAGGCUGGUGCACGGGCUAGGAUUUCUGCUCCCAAGCCCUACAGCAUGACGCGCCAUCCGCAUAGACCCCACUUGGUAGUUGAUGUAGAGAGACUUCUCUCACCUCACCGCUGGAGAGAGGGGAUCUGAGGACGUGCAGGUGGUAGGCCUGCCGGGGUCCACAACGCUUUGCUGGGAAGCUUUUGGUCCAGGAAGGCUGCAGGGUAUCUGACAGGCAGCUGGAGUGAGGAGUAGGAAGACAGUGGUGCCAUACAGGACCUGGGACAAGCGAAGUUGGUAGCCCUGGAGACCAGAGCCGGGGCGAGGACUCCUUCAUCUCCUUGAGAGACCCACUUGGAUCAUCUCCAGGCUGGAGAGGUGGCUUCAGCCCGAGUUCUCUACCUUCUCCUGUUCUUUAAGUCCCUGCUGCACAAUGCUGGCACAUAGUAGGUAUUCAAUAAACAUGCUGACUGAAUGAGCUCACUGUGGCAUUCAAGGGACUUGGGUGGGCGACAGGGACGGGCUUUUUAAGUUUGACAGGCAGUGAAGGAGAUGGCUGGCCAGGCUCUGGGUGGGAGCUGACGCUUGAUAUUCUCAGGACUGACGGACCCUCUGGCUCCAGAGCAGAGCUCAGUCUGCAUCUUGCCCGCCCUCUGUAAUCUCUUGGGACCAUGGUCACUGCUCCUCUAUGCUGUGUGGUUGCAUUCCUAGCCAUAGCCAACAGGUGGCAGUGCUGCCUGGGCCAGAAGACCAAGCUUAAGGAUACCACAGCUGAGUAGGCUUCAGGCCCUCACUCAGGGUUAAUGUGGCCUAUUAGAGAGCAUAUGCGCCCCCCCCCCCACCUGGGUUGAGAGUAACCAGCCAUCAGGGACCUAUGGAGUCCAAGGCAAAGAGAGGGGAGAGUUGAGGCCUGAAAGGAGCCAGCCCUAUGGGAACUGGGCAUUACCCAUUUUUCUGAAACCUUAGCCAUCACUGGGGCCGCUCUCUUCUGGCAGGCUGCAUACAUUCCCUAGAACCUUGGGCCCCAAGAUUCUUGGACUCGGGAUAUUCGGUGCCAUCAAGCUGGGCCUGGGGCUCGGCAGGGCCUUCCCUGAGCUCCAAACAGGUUGACGUGUCACCGGGGUGCAGAAGGCAGGAGCGGCAGGCUGGACCCUAUUCCGUAGUACACACCAAGGGCACCCCAGACGUCGGUGCGUCUAAGGUGGGGGGAUUUGGGAAGAUGGGGGAUGAGCCUGGUGCGUGACACUGUGUAAAGGACGGGACUCACCUGCAGCUUGAAGCACCUGCCUGAGCACCCAGGAUGCAGAUUACUACCUGGCGGCAGGCAGCUCUGGGGAUGGCGAUUUGAUAAAACGCCAUCUUCAGUGCUGGCUGCCCAGCUUCAGUUCCCUGCUGCAAGAGUCCACCUUGGACAACUGGGGCUUUCUCCCGAGGCCACCCGAGGAUCUAGGCAGUAGCUACACUGGGGUGUUGGUCACUCACUAUAAAAAAAGCCGCAGUGGCUGCCAUGGUCACUUUGGUCCCUGGCUCAUUUCGGGGGACUAGAAAGAGAUAGAGGCUUGGGGUCUGUGUCUUUACCUAAGCUUAUAGCUGCUCUUGCUCUAGAUUGGGGGAUAGAGCUGUGUACCCCCAAGCUCUGACCUCUUCUGUGAUUAAUGAGCUGACGAUUCUGCAUCGAUAAGGAAUUAACCUGGAGCCCCUACCCAUCAAUAGUCAGGAGUGCGGGUCCCCAGCCCCACCCCCACUCCUGACAGAGCGCUCCAGGGGCCCCCUGAGCAGACCAAACCUGCACUGCUUUGCACACCCACAUCCAAGUCCUGUGCCCCACAA